CCCACACUCAGACAAUAUGUUGUUACCGGGGAAACUUUUCUCUCUCUGUUUGAUCACUGUGUUUGGGUGCAUGUGCCAGAAACAUGAGGAUCCACGCCAGGCAGUGUUUCUUGCCGGUCCUAUGACCAGUGAACAGGUGGAAGGUCUGAGUGGAAACCCCUCUGAUUGGGCUCUACUGGACACAUUUGACUGUGGUUAUGCACUUCCUCCUGAAUUUCAACAGUACUUCAAGUUCCUCCAGACUACAGGUGUGACCCACUACAAAGUGCCGCUAUCAUGGACUCAGCUCCUACCCACAGGCCUGUCCAGUCAGCCUCAGCAAGCAGCGGUCUCCUGUUACCAGACUCUGAUGAAACAGCUGCUGGACGUGGGCCUGCAGCCUCUGGUCAUCCUUCAUGGAUCCGCAGUGCCAGAAGCUCUGAGAUCAAAAUAUGGAGGCUGGGAGAGCCAGGAGCUGGUGGAGAUGUUUCAGCAGUAUGCAGAGUUUGUGUUUGGACUGUUUGGAGAGCUGACAGACUCCUGGUUGACUUUGAGCUGCCUGGAUGAGCUGAGGGAUGCUGAGCUGCAAAAUGCUCUUGAUGCACAUAUCAGUGUUUACCAGCGCUACCACCAACUGUUUCCUGGUAGAGAUGGAGGAAUAUCUGUUGGAGUAAAGGCAGACGAAGUAUCAAUCAUCUCUAAUACACAACUACUGAGAUAUUCAGAUUUCAUCUCCAUUAAGAUUCAUUAUGAUUGCACCAUUGGGCGAGAGCUGGCUGAGGAACUUCAGAAUGUUUUGGCAAAGUGUGAAGAAAAACCCAUUCUCUUUUAUGAGGUUAACAUCAAACACUGCUCUCCCUAUCAGUUCCUGUCAGAUACAAACAUUUUGAAAGUGCUGACCAAUGGACCCCAAAAUGUUUUUGGACUUGACGUUGUUGACAUGCUACGUCCAGCUGACGAUAUCCAACCAAGAAACACACUUCCAACGUCAUCAUGUUCCAUGACUUAUUGCAAGGUUUGGAGCGAUUUUGCCACCAAGACCUUAUCCGAGCCAGAUGCUUUGCUGAAUGAAUCUUUUCCUGAUGGCUUCCAGUGGGCGACCUCCAGUGAGUCAUUCAAAGUUGAAGGUGGCUGGUCUGAAGAUGGGAAAGGAGAGACCAUCUGGGACCGCUGGGGUCAUGAAAACCAUUUUUUUGAUAAUCAUACAGCUGAUCUAGCCUGUGACAGUUAUAAUAAGGUUGACUAUGAUGUCUACCUCCUGCGAGGUCUUAAUGUCAACACCUACCAGUUUUCCAUCUCCUGGGCCCGUAUUUUCCCAUCAGGCCAACGGGGAAGCCAAUCAGAGAAAGGGGUUCUUUACUAUGACAAGCUGAUAAAUGCUCUGAUUGAGUCUGGGAUCCAACCUGUUGUUACUCUCUACCACUGGGAUCUGCCCCAAGCACUCCAGGACUAUGGUGGAUGGACAAAUGCAUCCAUUGUUGAAGCCUUCAAGGACUACGCUGACUUCUGUUUCUCCAGGUUUGGAGACAGGGUCAAGACAUGGAAUACAUUCAGUAGCCCUUGGGUAGUGAGCCAUGCUGGGUAUGGCACUGGUGAACAUCCUCCUGGAGUGAAAGACUAUGUGGUUGCCUCCUAUAAGGUCACACACAAUAUACUCAAGUCCCAUGCAGAGGCCUGGCAUGUCUACAAUGACAGAUACAGGAAAGCACAAGGAGGUGAAGUAGGCAUUGCAUUGAACUCUGACUGGGCUGAGCCCAAGGACCCUUCCAGGCCUGAAGAUACAGCAGCUGCAGAUCGCUACCUGCAGUUCAUGCUUGGCUGGUUUGCACAUCCCAUAUUUGUGAAUGGAGAUUAUCCUGAAACACUCAAGACUCAGAUUGAGCAGAAAAGAAACAAGUGCCCUCUUUCUGAGCCUGCAAGGCUUCCAGUUUUCACAGCUGAAGAGAGCAAGAGGAUUCAUGGAACAGCUGACUUUUUGGGAUUGAAUCACUAUACGUCAUGGUUGAUCAACAGCACUGAUGGUGGCUGUAUCCCUGGUCCUCAUGGGGUGGGUGACUUCCAGGCACAUGUGGACCCAUCAUGGUCCUCAACAGUUUCUGAUUGGAUCUAUUCUACACCAUGGGGACUUAGAAGGCUUUUGAACUACAUUUCCAAGGAGUACUUAAAUGUUACCAAAGUGCCUAUUCACAUAACUGGGAAUGGUAUGCCGACUGAGUACAGCGGGGACACUCUUGAUGACACCCAUCGAGUAGAUUAUUUGAAGAGUUACAUCAAUGAGGCCCUCAAAGCUAUACAUUUGGAUGGUGUUAACGUGCAGCGGUUUACUGUGCAGUCACUCAUGGAUAGCUUUGAAGGUCCACAAGGCCACAGUGAACGUUUUGGAUUGCAUCAUGUUGACUUUGACCUGCCUGACAGGCCAAGAACUCCAAAGCAGUCUGCCUAUUUUUACUCCAAAAUUAUUGAGAACAAUGGUUUUGCUUCCAGGGAAAAGUUGUUUAAUGCACAAGAAACUAAAAAUAUAGAGCCAAAUAAAGUUUCUUCUCUUCCACCUUCCACUGUCCCAUCCCAAACCAAAAAUGUUUGGAGUAGAUUCUCCAGCCAAACCAACUUUCAAAGAAAACUCUAUCACUAUGGCACUUUUCCUGAUGGCUUCAGUUGGGGAGUGUCAUCUUCGGCUUACCAGAUUGAAGGUGCAUGGAAUGCUGAUGGGAAAGGGCCCAGUGUCUGGGAUACGUUUACCAAUGAAACCAGCAGUAUUCCUGGUAAUGCCGAUGGAGAUGUGGCCUGUGACAGCUACAACAGACUUGACGAAGACCUCUACAUGUUACGAGCUCUGAGGGUGAAGUCAUACAGAUUCUCUUUGUCCUGGUCCAGGAUCUUUCCUGAUGGUCGUCGUACCUCCCUGAACCAGAAAGGUGUUGACUACUACAAUAGACUGAUAGAUGAGCUUUUAGCAUAUAACAUCACUCCAAUGGUGACACUCUAUCACUGGGACCUUCCUCAAGCUCUUCAAAACCUCAGUGGCUGGGAGAAUGAAGACAUGAUUAACAUUUUUAAUGAGUUUUGUGACUUUUGCUUUGCCACCUUUGGUGACAGAGUGAAGUUUUGGAUGACCUUUAACCAGCCUCACACAAUUGCAUGGUCAGGAUAUGGACUCGGACAGAUCCCACCAAAUGUUAAGAAUCCAGGAACUGCUCCCUACAGAGUUGCACACAACCUUAUCAAAGCCCACGCCAAGGCUUACCACACAUAUGAUGAUAAGUAUCGCAAAUCCCAAGGUGGUCAAGUAUCCAUUGCCCUUAACGCUGAUUGGGUUGAACCUAAAGAUGUUAAUGCUCCACGUGAAGUGGUGGCUGCUGAUCGUGCUCUGCAGUUCCAAUUGGGUUGGUUUGCACAUCCUAUUUUCAAGAACGGUGAUUAUCCUGAUGCAAUGAAGUGGCAAGUUGGAAACAAAAGUGAACUUCAAGGUCUCUCAGAGACAAGACUACCUGCCUUCACUGAAGAAGAAAAGCGCUUCAUCAAGGGAACUGCUGACAUGUUCUGUGUUAAUCACUACACCACAAAAAUUGUAGGCCAUUUGACAGCCCGGCUUUCCCCUCCGUCUUAUGAAUAUGACAAAGACUUGUCAGAAGCAGAGGAAAGUGAUUCACCCAGUACUGCAAUAAGCAAGCAAAAAGCUGUAGCAUGGGGCUUAAGAAGACUCCUCAUCUGGAUCAAGGAAGAGUAUGGUGAUCCAGAGAUUUACAUUACAGAGAAUGGAGUUGCUACAGACACUAAGACCACAGUCGAUGACAUUGACAGAGUAUUUUACUACAAAACUUAUGUUGAUGAGGCUCUAAAGGCCCAUAAUCUUGAUGGCGUGAGGGUGAAAGGAUACAUAGCAACAUCCCUUAUGGAUUCCUUUGAAUGGCUCAAUGGAUACAAAGUUGGAUUUGGGCUGCACCAUGUUGACUUCACUAACCCACACCGGCCAAGGACACCAAAACGCUCUGCUCACUAUUAUUACAAAGUCAUGAAGGACAAUGGCUUUCCCUUACCAGAUGACGAGAGGACACUUUAUGAAGAGUUUCCCAUGGCUUUUAACUGGAGUACUGCCAGUGCCUCUUACCAGAUUGAGGGAAGCUGGAGAACAGAUGGAAAAGGAUUGAGUAUCUGGGAUAAGUUUGCUCAUACACCAUUGAGAGUGGACAACAGUUACAAUGGCGAUAUUGCCUGUGAUAGCUACAAUAAGGUUGACGAGGAUGUGGCAGUGCUAAAGAAAUUGAAGGUGACCCACUAUCGCUUCUCUGUAUCCUGGUCCAGAGUGCUCCCUGAUGGCACAUACAACUUUAUCAAUGAAGCUGGACUGGACUACUACCAUAGGUUACUGGAUGCCUUGAAAGCUGCUAAUAUUGAGCCUCAAGUGACUCUGUACCACUGGGACCUUCCCCUGGCUCUGCAGAAAAUUGGGGGCUGGGAGAAUGAAAUCAUGGUUCGGAGAUUCUAUGAGUAUGCAGAUGUUUUAUUCAGCAGAUUAGGACAGAAAGUGAAGUUCUGGAUCACUCUAAAUGAACCUUACAUUGUAGCCAACCUUGGUUAUGGAUAUGGUACCUUUGCUCCAGGCAUCAUAGGCAAGCAGUAUAUUGCAGCUCAUAACCUGAUCAAAGCCCAUGCAGAGGCCUGGCACCUCUACAAUAGAAAGUACAGAGCAAAACAGGGUGGCAUCAUCUCCAUCACCAUUAAUUCUGAUUGGGCGGAGCCAAGGAACCCCUAUAAACAGGAGGACGUGGAUGCAGCCAAACGCUACUUACAGUUUUUCAUUGGCUGGUUUGCCCAUCCCAUUUUCAAUGGUGAUUACCCUGAAGUGAUGAAAAAAACAAUUCAUGAAAGAAGUCUUGCUGCAGGUCUCCCUAAAUCACGGCUACCUGAAUUUACCCCUGAAGAAAUCCAGAGGAUCAAAGGGACUCAUGAUUACUUUGGCUUCAACCACUACACCACAGUUCUGUCAUACCCAGUUGAUUUGGGAAAGCAGCAGGAUUAUGAAGGUGACAGGGGUACUGGAACCACCCAUGAUCGCACCUGGAUCGAAUCUGGCUCCUUCUGGCUUAAGAUCACUCCAUUUGGAUUUAGGAAAAUCCUCAAGUUUAUCAAGGAUGAGUAUGGAAACCCCCCUGUGUAUGUCACAGAGAACGGCAUCUCAGAACGUGGAGCAGUCGACCUGAAUGACAUCCACAGAAAGCAUUACUAUGAAAAGUACAUUAACCAGGCCCUGAAAGCUCAAGUUCUGGAUGGAGUUGAUCUGAGAGGAUACACUGCCUGGUCAUUAAUGGACAACUUUGAGUGGGCUGCUGGCUACUCCGAGCGAUUUGGACUUUUCUUCGUGAACCGCUCUGACCCAAACCUUCCUCGCAUCCCUAAAAACUCAGCUUCUCGCUACGCCUCCAUCAUCUCAUGCAACGGCUUCCCAGACCCAGCCCUCGGGCCCCAUGAGUGUCUGAACCCUGAACCUGAAGCUACAACUGCGCAGACACCAGAUACCACUUUGCUUACAACUACCCCCAUUCCACCUGUGAACAUGGUGAACUUUUUAGGUCUGGAGCUUUCAUCUGAUGAUGCUGGAGUUGCUCUUUAUGUCCUCUUUGCAGUUCUCCUUGUAAGUGUACUUGGUGUCAUCUUUGUUGUAUAUGGGCUCAUGAAAACAAGAAGAAAGUUAAAGAAAACCGCAGUAGCAUCUUUACAGAUGGAGAAAAUGUGAGGACCGUUUGAGAGUGUGGGCCUCCAUUUCUUGCCAUAUUUGUAAUCCUUGAUUCAGGGGUGUGUUUAGUGGCGGGCACAUUGGUUGUUGUGAUCAUUACUGUUUUAGAUAUUUUUGAUAUUUUCUGAGAAAUAAAGUCUUUACCUCUGUGGUUGACAGAUA